AUGCAGCGUCCCACCCUUCAAGGCGUUCGUAUUCGUUCAACGCGGGAUGCAUUGCAAGUUUUCAAUGCUGUCGCUUGCAACCGACUUCCAUUGAUCACGCGGCGACUGGAUGCUGAGGAGCGGAGGGUUAUCAUGCCCGGGAACGUCUACGUCUGGGAGGAGCGAGGUGCCAACACCGAGCCGACUGGACUGGGCAUGGAGCGAUGGACGGAUGGAAUGGGUUGGGGUCCCAGUCGUGUCAGAGAUGUGAGUGAUACAUCUUCAUGCGCGCUCAGCGCUCACAAGACGACUUGGUUGGAUACUGACACCCAUCCAUUGGAUUUCAAGGAAUUCUUGUUCUACCAUCAGAAAGAAUCCGACAUGGCAGACGAUUUUCUCAACCCUAUACCUGAGUCAGAACGCUUGAUCAAGCAAACGUAUAGCGUGCACGUCUCACUUCCUGCGGAUCGGCAGAGAGGUAUUGUGCGAAAAUGGCACUUGACUGCAUACUUCAGUCAAGCUAGGCUCGACCAACUCGCAACGGUCGACAACAUCCGCGGUAUUGGGGACGUCCCAGUACCAGAAGGCUGGUUCAGGAGUGCACGUACAGCCAAGACUCGCCGAAACACCCACACCCAGUCAUCAGAGUCGGACACCCCGAAACAGCCUUCCCCGACAAGCUACAGCGACCCUCACUCUCCUCUCGUAUCUUCGAGUCGCCAUCAUCCCUCGUCGGGCUACGCCCAUAGCCCUGCGUCCUCUUCAGGACACUCGAGCAAGACCUCCUCGAUCUCAAGUCUAAGCAGCGCUUACAACCCUCGAAGCCCCAGUCUCGUACCCCUAGACGUUCUUCAAAAUUCCCAUUCAGUGCCCAGAGAUCCUACGGAUGUUCAAACUUUGCGCCGCUUUGCAUCAGGUCACGGCCAUUCCUAA